UGGGCAUUACUCAAGCAAAUAAAAGAUGUGACAAUGUAUCAGCUUUGUGUUCUCGAACAGGGAAGAAAUCCACAAGAAUUUACCAGCAUCCAAGCCUGCAGAAAAGACAGAAAUCAACAUGAGCACAGCAGGAAAAGUAAUAAAAUGCAAAGCUGCUGUGCUUUGGGAGCAAAAGAAACCCUUUUCCAUUGAGGAGGUGGAGGUGGCAGCCCCCAAGGCCUAUGAAGUUCGCAUCAAGAUGGUGGCCACAGGAAUCUGUCGCUCAGAUGACCAUGUGGUCACUGGGCAUCUUUUCACACCACUUCCUGUGAUCUUAGGCCACGAGGGAGCUGGCAUCGUGGAGAGCAUUGGUGAGGGGGUGACUGCAGUCAAACCAGGUGAUAAAGUCAUCCCACUGUUUAUUCCCCAGUGUGGAAAAUGCACCAUUUGUAAACACCCAGAAGCCAACUUAUGCUCGCCAAAAGUCCAUCCGGGGACCAUGCAGGACGGCACCACCAGGUUCACCUGCAGAGGGAAGCCCAUCCACCACUUCGCCAGCACCAGCACCUUCUCUGAGUACACAGUGGUGGAUGAGAUCUCAAUAGUCAAGAUCGAUGCAGCCGCACCACUGGAGAAAGUCUGCCUCAUUGGCUGUGGAUUUCCCACUGGUUAUGGGUCUGCAGUCAAAGUUGCCAAAGUCACCCCAGGCUCCACCUGUGCUGUGUUUGGCCUUGGAGGAGUCGGCUUGUCUGUCAUCAUCGGCUGUAAGGCAGCUGGAGCAGCCAGGAUCAUUGGGGUGGAUAUCAACAAAGGCAAAUUUGCAAAGGCCAAAGAGCUGGGGGCCACUGAGUGCAUCAACCCUGAGGACUUCCAGAAACCCAUCCAUGAGGUGCUGAUGGAAAUGAGCGGGGGUGGUGUGGACUUUUCCUUUGAAGUCAUUGGUCGGCUGGACACCAUGGCGGAGGCCCUGUCAUGCUGUCAUGAGGCAUAUGGUGUAAGCGUCAUUGUAGGGGUGCCUCCAGUUUCCCAAAACCUCUCCGUGGACCCCAUGUUGCUGCUGACUGGACGCACCUGGAAAGGGGCACUUUUUGGCGGGUUUAAGAGUAAAGAUUCUGUUCCAAAACUUGUGGCUGAUUUUAUGGCCAAUAAGUUUCCACUGGAUCCAUUAAUAACACAUGUUUUACGUUUUGAAAAAAUAAAUGAAGGAUUUGACCUGCUUCGCUCCGGAAAGAGUAUCCGUACCGUCCUGACAUUUUGAAGCCAUGCGGAUGCUUUCACUUGCACCCGCCUUCUGACUGCCCCAUGGCCUCAUCAUCUAGAGCAUGAGAUCAACUCCAGCACUAACCUGCCCUUCAGAGAUGCUAUCAAUAAAUGCACAUGGGGGUAUUCCAAAAGAAACAGAAAUGCCUGGGAAGCUUUUCUUUAAGUUUGUUAAACACAACUUAUUUCUUAGAGCACUUCAGUUUACAAAAAAAUUGCACAGAAAGUACUCUCCAUAUGCUUAUUCUCCCCCACACUUAUAGGCAAUCUCUCCUUUUAAUGAUAUCUUGCAUUAGUGUGAUACAUUUGUAAAAGUUUCUGACCCAAUUGGUACAUAUUAUUAUUAUUAAUUAAAUCCAUGGGUUACUUUAGGUUCACACUUUGUGUUGCACAGCUCUAUGGGUUUUUUGAAAAUGCAUCAUUUCGUGUACCCAUCAUUACAGUAUCAUACAGAAUAGUUUCCCUGCCCUAAAAGUGCCCUGUGCUUCCUGAAAUCAAUUCUCAAGCAAAUGUUUGAAAUCUAAGUGGGAGAGAAAGAGAAUGAAAUGUUCAGUAUCAGCUGGGUAAUUGAAGCCAGUAAACUUUUCUUCUUGAUCAUUCUA